AGAGAAGGGAGGAGGUUGACGAACAGUGUACGGUUUAUUAGUCGUCAGCUGUUUUAGUAAUUCAUUCACUGUAGCACAGCAGAGCAAGAUAAUACGAUGGCCUCAAAAGAUCCGCUGAUAGGUGACGUGGAGUUAUCGAUGAUGGAUGAAACUCAGACUCUCUAUAACCAGCCCUAUUCUUCAAAGGGAUUUGAACUGCCGCAGUUGUCACAACUUCCCCUUGGUCAAAUGGGCUAUCCUCAAGCUCAACAUUGGGUGCAGCAAAGGCAGGCUAACAUUAGGCCGUGGAGUUUGUUCUUGAACUCAAAUAACAUCAGAGCACCUCCAAGCUUUUCUAGGCUUACCAAACGAAUUAUGAGGAAUAUCGAGUACUUCCAAAGCAAUUACUUAUUCGUGUUCCUUGGCCUGGUUAUUUAUUGUUUAAUCACUUCGCCGCUACUUUUACUCACUGUUGUCAUAUCCCUGGGUGUUUGCUUCAAAGUUUCUCAGCGGCACGCUAAGCAGGAAUUGAUACUGGUGGGUCACAAGUUGACGCUAGCUCAAGUUUAUGGCCUAGUAGCUGCGUGCUCUUUGCCUUUAUUUUAUCUUGUUGGGGCAGGAGCUGCUUUAUUUUGGGUUUUGGGGGUUUCUUGGUUUUUAAUAACCAUUCAUGCUGCUUUUUAUAACAUUGACUCAGUGCUGUGUCCUGGUGAAGAUGAAUUGGAAGCACUGACGGUACAUGAGGUUUAAGAAACAUUAGUCAAUGAUAAUGCUAAUAAUAAUUAUAAUUGAGAAUAUUUUGACGACAAAUCAUAAAUAAUAUAAACAGGUGUUUAUGACUGAUAUCAGGAUGAAAU